AUGCUCUCGGCCACGUCAUCCGCCGCGCUCCUUUCGCUCGUCCCCCUCGCGCUGUCUGCGGCCACUACGGGCACCUUCGACGCCAUCACGUUCAAUGUUGCUGGUCUGCCCGCCAUCUUGAACCCCAAUGGCGAGGGCGACAAGACGAACAACACGGCCACCAUUGGCAAGCUGUUUGCCAAGUACGGUACCGAUUUCAUCCACGUGCAGGAGGACUUCAACUACCAUGCUACGCUGUACGCGAAUGACAAUCACCCGUACCGCACGGCGACGAGCGGGGGCGUGCCGUUUGGGUCUGGCUUGAACACGCUGUCCAACUUUGACUGGGUCGACUUUGAGCGCACCAAGUGGGCUACUUGCAGCGAUGCCAGUGAGAAUGACUGUCUUACGCCGAAGGGCUUCACUUUCAUGCGUGCGCAUGUCAGCGAGGGAGUAUGGGUCGACUUGUACAACCUCCACGCAGACGCUGGCACCGAGGAUGCAGAUAACACUGCCCGCGCGGCCAACUUGCGCCAGGUCUCCGACCACAUCACGACCUACUCCGACGGGAACGCGGUUCUCGUCUUCGGCGACACCAACUCGCGGUACACCCGCGCAAGCGACAUCCCCGGCAUCUUCACCACCGCGAACGGCAUGACGGAUGCCUGGGUGCAGCUCGCGAAGGGAGGCGUCGCGCCGGCCGCCGGCAGCAAUGCCCUGCUCUGCGACAACCCCUCGCCCAACACCACCUGCGAGAUCGUCGACAAGAUGUGGUACCGCGGGUCGCCGGCGUUUACGCUGGCCGCGACCAAGUUCCAGUAUGCCGGGACCCAGUACCUGAACGCUGACGGCACGACGCUGUCCGACCACGACCCCGUCCUCGUCGACUUCAAGUGGACUGUGAGCAACAAGCUGCGCGUGUCCGACCCGCAAGGUGGUCCCCACGGCGACUUCUACAACGACCUCAAUGCCCUCAACGCCAUCGCCUCCCCCAAAGCCUCGUCCAUCACCAUCCGCGGUGCUAACCGCGUCGACGCCGUGUCCAUCACCCUCACCUCAGGCCAGACCUUCACGCACGGCGGCACCGGCGGCACCGCAAACACGCUGAAGCUCAACGCCGGCGAGAGCCUCACCAGCGCCGUCAUCUGCCAGGGCGCGUACAACGGCAACACGCGCAUCUUCUACAUGCAGGUGACGACCAGCGCAGGUAGGACCGUGGCCGCUGGCACCAACAACGGCGACUGCGUAACCCGCACCGCGGAGAGCGGAUGGGGGAUCGUUGGGUUCACUGGAAGGUCCGGGGAUGAGCUCGAUCGCGUUGCGCUCAUCUAUGGAAGUCUGUAGAGCGCUCUAGCAAGCG